AUGAGCAGUGCCACCACAGCUGAUGUUUGGCCCACUCUUCUCAAUGAUUUGAGAGAAAAGAUUGAAAUUUCGAAACACGACAAACCCAAUAGAGCAAAGAAACAACUUCUCAUUGAUGCUCUAGAUAGAGUAUUUGAUGAAAUUAAAUCGGGAGAGUACAAUCAUCCUAGUACUACUCUUCAACAACAUGCUCCAUCAUUAUUCUCUAUUUUUGAAGAUAUUCUCUCUCAUUUUGAUGAUUGGUCCUUCAAGCAAACCAUUUCAUUUGCUCUCAUCCACUUUUACUUUACUUUUUCAAAGGAUGAUUUACUCAAAUUAUUAAAAUCUUCUGAGCAACAACAAGGCUCGGAACAUCAUCAAGUCUUGCAACAUUUACUUGAUAAUAUUACCGACUCCAAAAGAGAAGUCAGAGAUGCUACUGCUCAAUCUUUGGGUGGUCUUUCCAAAGUCAUUGGUGUCGAGUCGUUUCUUUCAAGAGAAUUUAUUUUAGAUAUUUUACAACACCCAAAAAAGAAACAACCUGAUGAGCCUUACAAGGCUGUUGAAGGAUUGAUGAAUACAUUGGGAUAUAUCCUAAAGAAUUGUUCCAUGAUUUCUCGUGAUGAUUUUGAAUUUAUCAUUAAUAUACUUUUCGAGAACACGAGUGAUCAGAAAUUUGAAAGUUAUUCAUCCUAUGUGAGAAGAUAUGCUGUUAGAAGUUUAACCAAAGCCUUGGAAUCACCAGUGAUUCAUGACAUGUGUGCGAAUAUUCCUUCCUUAUUAAGCCAAUUCAAAAAGGUAAUAUUCGAAAGAUUCCAUGACCAAGACAUUGAUGUAAGAAGAGCAAAUGGAUUGUUAUUUUUGAAUUUCUUGAACAUGUUAAUCGCAUAUGAAGACCUUUCAAAACGUUGUUUAGAAAAUCAAGAAGAAACAUCUUCCUCCUCUGGUGCUGUAUCAAUUACUGCAUCUACAAGUACUAUUACAAUUUCCAGUAUUUUAGAGGAAUUGAUUUCUCUAUUGAAUAACUGCUCUUCUCCAAUGAAAUGGCAAUUCAAACAUGGUGUUUGUCUUGCAUUUGAAAGUAUUUCAAAAUCAGUGAAUGUUUUGAAAACACUUUCCUCUCAACUUGUGUCAUCCAUUAAUUCAUGUCUUUUCAAAGUAUUGACAUGCAUUCCGGAGACAUCCAAACAUGACAAAUCAGCUUCAAAUCCAAAUGCUAUAGCUGGUAAAACUCUUUGCAAUUUAUUUAUUACCAUAUUCGUCAUGAAUACCACCAAUAUGGAUUGCAACAAUGCUGAACAAAUACUCUCUCCCUAUUGUCAUUUGAAUUCUAAUGAAGGAAUUAUUCCUUCCUAUUUUAAUUUUAUUAAGGAUAGUGUUAUAUUCAUGUUGAAGAGUGAUGAUCCUCUCUUAUUAGAUGCUGGUAAUUAUAGUGUGAUUCAAUUAAUCUCGAAUGGAUCUCUUCUCAUUCAAAUGAUUCAACAUUCAUUUUUAAAUGAUUUAUUAUCAUUGGUCUAUAAGAAUACAUUCCAUGCUUCGUAUCCGAUCAAAUCGGGAGCCAUGUUGUGUUUGAAUCGAGCAGCUGUGCAAAUCUUUAUGAAAACUAUUAUUCCUACUUUGGAUACGACCACCACCACUGCUACUACUACCACUUUGAACACCUCUCUUGAAGAUUUAAUUACUCAAUUGACUGUACAUGUCAUUUCAGUAUUAAUUGAAGAAUCUAAAAGCACAAAUUAUGAAGUGAGAGAAUCUGUAUUCAAAGCCUUUGAAGAUUUAUUUAUGAAAACUAAAAAUACUGAACCAUGUACAAAUAUGGAAUUGAAUCAAAAAAUAUUUCAAGUCUUACUCUUUGGUGCUACAGAUACAAUGAAUGGUUCAAACAAUUCAGAUUAUCCUAGAUGUGCAGCAAUUCAUGCUCUUUCAUCAUUUUUAAUCUAUUUGAAACAACACUCCUUCUCAUCCUCGUGUCUCAAAGUCAUUCAAUUAGUUGAAAAGUUAUUGACUUCUCCUAAUCAAGAAAUGGUCAUUAUUAUUGCAACAUUGAAAUUGGCAAGAGUGAUUGAUUUGUAUUACAAUGUUGAUCAUACUACUACGAAUACUACUAUUGAUUCUUCCAUUCCAUCACUUCAAUCUCUUUAUGGUGUGAUUAUGAUUCUCUCUUAUCACAGUGAUGAUGAAAUUAAAUAUUCAGCACUUCCAUUGAGAACUUCAUUGAUUGGACAUGUGAAUCCAGAAAAGAUUCUCACAAUAUGUUCUACUUUGAAUGAAAAUGUAUUGAAUCCAAGUCUUGUCGAUGAAGAAGAGAAGAGAGAAGCAGCAAGUUAUGUGUUGAGAUUUUUAGUGAGUUUUUCUGAGCUAUUCAUUCAAGGAAUUUUAAGUAGUAAUAAUAGUAAUACCAUUUUGAAAAAGUUUGUGAAAAUGAUUGGACAUGGUCUAUUAUUAGAAGUGAAUCGUGAAUCACCAACGAUUCAAGCCAAUUGUUUACUCUUUUUGAGAGUAUUGAGCGAAGCCUUGGUCCUUUGCUCUCAAGACAAUUUUUUGUUAGAGAAUAGAAUCAAGAAUAUAUUUUUGUUAGAUCAGACAAGUACAAGAAUUUUACAAACACUUGUUCAAUAUUUGGAAUAUUUAUUAGCAAAUAAUGUCAAGAAUUUUGAAUUGGAAGAUGAAGAAGGACUAUUUGAGGAGAAUGAUGAUGAAGAAGAAGAAGAAGAUUCUGAAGAAGAAGAAGAGAUUGAAGAUUCAUUCAAACUUCCUCAAAAAUCAUCCAAAUUCAAUGCUCAUCGUUCCAAAAUUAUUAUGGAUAUUCUUGCAUCCUUGUUGUCUUUGAAUAUUCUUACAAAAAAGAAAAUGACCUUGGUAGAGAAUAGAAUCAAGAAUAUAUUCACACAAUUCCAAUCACCACAGAAUGAUGCCAACCUUUCAUUUAUCAUUCAAUCUUUACCAACAUCUUGUUCUCUUAAGGAAUUACUAUUGAAAGAAAUCAAACAUGAUUCACAACCAUCAAACAAUCCAUUAUUAGAAGAAUUGAUCAUUCAUCAAGGAUCUCUCUUUUCAGAAGAUGUUCAAUUACAAGAAUUAUUUACUCUCAAAGAUAGAAGUGAAUUAGAAUCUGAUCAUCCAGAUACUCUUUACAAUGUGGAUCAUUUCAAUGAUUAUGGGUUUUCAUUAGGUGAAUAUCGUGAUGGUAUUACCAGUGCAUUCUAUUCAGAAAAUUUAAUCAUUCAUGCAUUGAAGAAUGAAAAGGAAUUGAAUGAAAAGAAUUUGAAAACUCUCAUUUCACAUCUCAUUGAAUCUAUUGAGGAAGAUGCUACUGAAUGUAUUGAAAUGUAUUCUUUUAUUUUAUAUGAAUAUUUGUGUCAGACCAAGUAUGAUCAUACAAGUUCCAUGUUCUCUGAUUUGGUUGAAAAUUAUUUAUUCGACAAGGUACAAGACAGUGAAGAACAAGUCUUACUCGCAUGGUAUUGGAGAUUACUUCAAGUCAUUCUCAUGGUCACUCGAAAUGAAAAGUGGAGUUUACAAAUUCAAGAAUUAUUCCUCUCCAGUGUUAGUGGUGGUGUUAGUGGUGGAGAUGAUUUGAAAUCUAAAUUACUCAAAUCGGGUAUGAGUGGAGUCUAUGUGAUGGCAUGUUCAUGUUUACUUCAAAGUAUGAUUGUCACCAUGAAUAGUAGUAUGACUCAAUCGGAUGAAAACUCUUCAUUAUUGAAACAAGUGGUGAGUGACAUGAUUACUGAUGAAGAUAUUGAUGAAGGCAAAUUCAUGAUUCAAUACAUGUUGCAUCAAGUACCGUUCAAAUUGCCACUCCCAACACCAAAAGUUGACUCAGUGAAGGCGAAUGAGACUUUUGCACCCACUCAAUCCAAGUAG